AAAUGAAUGAUAAUUUGCGAGCAUCAAAUUUGCAAAUAAAUUUACAGGAAAUUUGUAGAACUUGUUUAAUGGACAAAAAUGAUUUAAGAGAAAUUGUUUGUUUUAUACCUUUAUUACAAAAGUGUACUUCAAUACAAAUUGACUUGGAGGACGAAUUACCAAAGUUAAUUUGCUUUGAAUGUAUGACUAAAUUAAAUAAGGCGAUUGAAUUUUGGAGACAAUGUGAAGUGUCCGAAAAAAUUUUGUUACAAUUAAGGCAAUUUCAAGAGAAUAGUAUAUUUUAUAAAGAAAAGGAAGCUUAUUCAUCACCACAUAAUGAAGUAAAUACUAUAAAAGUAAAUCAAAUCAAAACUGAAAGUUCUCAUCAUGAAAAUGAGGACAUUCCGAAUACAUGUGAAGAAAAAAAGUUAUUCAUAAGUGAGAAUAAUUUGUAUACAUACGAUGAAAAUAAUACAUUUAAAAUCAACAAUGUAUUUAAUAUUGUAAAUACCAAGUUAAAUAUUGCAAGUGGCUCAUCUGAAAGGUACGAAACUAUUAUUAACGAAAAUAAAAACAAUUUAGACAUUUCUAAAUUGCGAAAUGUCGAUUUAAAAUCAAAGUAUAACACCCAAAACAAAAUUGAUGAUGAUAAUGAUUUUAAUGACCAAUCUUUAAGCGAAAUAUUUAUUAAAGAAGAGCCCAAGCACUCAGAUUUUGAGAAUUGUGAAAGUGUCAGCCAAAAUAGCGCUGAAUAUUUAGAUUUAAGGAAGAAAAAACCAUUUAGAAAAACUAAUAGGUCAAAUAGAAAAUUGAAACAUAAAAAUAAACUAGAAACAAAAAAGUAUGUCGAUACAAUAAACAAUGAACAAAAUGGAAAAUUUGAACUUAAAAAAAUUAAAAUAGAAGAGGCUAUAGAUGAUAAACAAUUAGAAGUGAAAGUAGAUGAUACAGCAAACAUUGAAACACAAUGCCCUCAAUGUGGAAAAUCGUUUGAAUUAAAUGAAGAUCUAGAAAUUCAUAAGUUACAACAUAAAAAGUUUGAUGAUUUGAUUUGCCCCAAGUGCCCAAAGUCUUUUGGAAACGAACGAAAUUUAAAAAGACAUUUAAUCAUGCAUAUGGUUAACAAACCGUAUAAAUGCGAUUUUUGUGAGAAAGGUUUUGCUGGAUCAGGUGAUCGAAUUCGUCAUUUACGAACUCAUACAGGUGAGCGACCGUACAUAUGUCAAACAUGUGGAAAACCAUUUCCAGAUUCUAGUGGAUUAUCACAACAUAUGAAAUUUCACAAUAGUAUCAAAAGUUACAUAUGUUCAGUUUGUUCCAAAGGUUUUGUGUUUCCAUAUGAACUGCGACGCCAUAUGCGAAUGCAUACUGGUGAAAAACCGUUUUUAUGUUCUCUUUGCGGAAAGGGUUUUCGUGAUAGUACUGAUCUAAAAAUACAUACAAGAAACCAUACUGGAGAACGUCCUUUUGCAUGUUCGGAAUGUGAUAGGACUUUUAAAAUAAAAAAACAUUUAAAUCUUCAUAUGCGAACUCAUACAGGUUACAAACCACAUGUAUGUAAACUUUGUGAAGCUGGUUUUGCGAGAAAAGAGAAUCUUACUAGGCACAAUCGAAUUCAUACUGGAGAGAGACCUUAUGCCUGCGACAUUUGUGAAAAGACUUUUAGAUCUUGGCAAAAUUUAAAUAGUCAUAAAAAAACACAUAAUAAAAGAAAAUAAAAUGUCAAGCAACACAUUUUCGAUAGAAUUAUAAAUCCUAUAAAUGUGUAUGUUAAAUAAGUUAUCAUUUCCAAAAGGACCUUACUAAUUAAAAAUAGUCCGCUAAUUAAAAUUUUU